AUGGGCGUCCUUCGUGUGUGCCUGCUCUUGCUCGCCGUGCAGAUUGUCGCCGGUCGCUCAGGCGGCUUCGUGGUGGACAGCCAUGACCGGUCGCUGCUGGCCGCCAAGAAGGACUGGCUCCACGAGUGGGACGAGAAGACCCUCGUGAAGGCUUGGGAUGGCUUCCACUCGACUGGUGGUUCGAAGAAGAACGGGGAUGGAUCUUCCGGUGGCAAGAUCAAGAAGGAGAAGUUCGACAUCGACGGAUGGUUCGGCUUCCUCAAGGGGCAGCAUCAGGCUGGUCCCGGCAAGUCUACCGGCGGCUCCAAGGGAUCCUCGAAGUCCUCAAAGCCAGAGAAGGAAUUCCCCGACUUCUUCAAGUUCUUGAAGACGAAGUGGGGCAAGGGCAAGAACUGA